AUGCUCACCCCAACCCAGAUUGAAAAAGCCCUCACGGCUAUCGACACCAACAAAGAACUCGAAUGCCCCGAACUAGCAGACACUCUGAAGGGCGCAAGAUGGAUUCACCAGUCCAUCGACCCAUUUAUGAACGUAAAGAGCGUCAUCCAAGAGGGUUUCGAGUUUCUGGCCAACCAUAUAACGGAUGGUAUGACCCGACAACAAAUAUUGGAUUUACAACCCAAGCUCUGGUCCUUCUAUGAGAUGCAGGACUUGAUGCCCGACCUUAUGGAUAUCAUCAAGAAGUGCGAGGACAAUUCUGCCUUGAUUGGCAAAGUCAUUGAUUUGGUAUCGAGUGCUGCAGCUCAUUCGCAAUCCGACGAUCUCUUCAAGGCACAUAAGUUGAUCCCGGAGUUGAUCCUAUUUGAUCUGAGGGUCCCACUUGACCUACAGGCCUACAAACUGGCCUGUGCCAGGGUGAAUCGGGGCUAUAAACACCCUGCAUACGCCGCUCUUUUAAUCCCGCGUGUCAAGUUCGCCGAGCUCGCCGACCUCAAUGCGCGUGAAAUUCUCGUGCGAUGUGAAUCACUCGAAGCCGAUACCAAAAAUGGAGACGCGCUGGAUUGGCCAGCUUGCUUGUAUGAUCCUGACAUCCCAUUUGACAUAGACGACAAGGUCCAAGGUCUGUUUCGACCACCCUUGGGUCCCCAAUUCGUCCAACGUAUGCUUGUAGGCAAGGCCAACAGGCUUGGAGGACGUGCCAGCAAAGGACAGAUUCACAAACUUGUCAUUGCAAUCAGCGGUAAGACUUGGCCUGAGGCGAAGAGCAUUUUGAAGGCCGACCGCCUCUACGCAUCUAUUCUGACGCUUCUGUCGGGUCUUUCUGAUGAUGAUACGUGGGCCAAGGAGACUGUGGCUUGGUGGCAAGAGAACAUUAUCUUGCCAUCUGAGCCCGUGGAUCAUGACAAGAAGUCUGUUAGGAAUUGA